CAGACAUUUCUCUUAAGAACCUUUCGCUCAGUUGAGUGAGCUCCUUUUGUUUGUUAGGUGGUGACUGCUUGUAGGAACGAUGAGUUUGUUCCGUGCCCAGAAGCGCUUGGCAGCGCAGAUUCUUCGUUGUGGUAAACACAAAGUCUGGUUGGACCCCAAUGAAAUCGGAGAAAUUGCACAGGCCAAUUCCCGCCAGAAUAUCCGACGCCUGGUCAAGGAUGGUCUGAUCAUCCGGAAGCCCCAUAAGGUUCACUCGAGGGCGCGAUGCCGCAAGUUCCAAGAGGCCCGGCGCAAAGGUCGCCAUAUGGGCCCUGGCAAGAGGAAGGGUACCGCUAACGCGAGGAUGCCCAAGAAGGAACUCUGGAUUCGGCGCAUGCGCGUCUUGCGUCGCAUGUUGAAGAAAUAUCGCGAGAGCAAGAAAAUUGACCGCCAUCUGUACCACGAGCUCUAUCUUAAGGCCAAGGGUAACGUGUUCAAGAACAAGCGCGUGCUCAUGGAGUUCAUCCACAAGAAGAAGGCCGACAACGCCCGUGCUAAGAUGCUGCACGAUCAGGCUGAGGCUCGCAGGACAAUGGCAAAGGAAGCUCGUAUUCGUCGUAAUGAUAGACUCGCGCUUAAGAAGGCUUCUCUUCUCAAGGAAGAACCUGUUGCGCAAGAAUCUACUGCUUGAAUACAUAGCGCCGUAUGAAA